CUUACAUUUAUGGAUUAUAUUUUCAUACAUUUCUUUUUUAUAUUUUGCAGGUCAGCAGAUGAACGUUAUGAAUUGGGAUCAAAUUAUGACUAUGGGAGAUCAUACGACAGACAUUACAGUCGGGACUCACGUGAUGGUUACAGGGACGAAAAUAGCAUGUCGCCAUCGGCCUACCGUGAGGGUAGGUCACGCGAAAGGACGUCUUACAAUCGCAAUUACUACUCACAACAUUCCCGUGGAAAUAGUGGUGACACACCGUACACACAGGACCAACCGGAAUCAUAUUUCAAGGAUAAUUUCACAAGUUCUCGGAGCGACGGUGAUGGUUACUCGGACUCCGGCUCGCGGAAGUCGCGCCCAAAAGCGCCCCAGAGGACAGGCUCUGGCACGAACCGUAGCCACUCGCCGCGGUCUGUGCGGUCGCGGAGUUUCAGUCGAUCGCGCAGCCGCUCACGCAGCCGGAGCCGGAGCACGGACUCGCGGAGUAGUGUGUCGGGGAGCGACAAUUGGUCGCGGAGGUCUCAGUGUAGUAAGGACCCAGAGAGUGAUCGGGAAAGUCGAAACACAGAAAACACUCAAAGCUCAGGUAGCUCACUCAAGUACUCAGGAUUGUGUGUCAGAAACUUACCUUCAAGGUCGAGCGAUUCAAGCAUCAAGGAUGGUUUGUUUCACGAGUUCAAGAAGUACGGCCAGGUGACAGCAGUCACCGUCCAGGGGGCGGGGGACGAUAGAGUCGGCAUCGUCUUCUUCAAGAGGACGGAGGAUAUGGAGAAGGCGAUGUCGGCGUCGAAAGGGAAGCUCUUCUUUGGCUGUGAAAUGAAACUGUCGCCGUGGGAAGGAGCAGCGGACAUAAGUGUGGAUGACAGCGAAGUCAAGUACUUUGAGAAGGAACUCGACGAAUUUCAUCCCCGGGCCACGAGGACGUUGUUCGUCGGGAAUCUGGAUCGUACCAUAGACAAGGACGAGCUUCAUGAUGCUUUUUGCAAAUUUGGGGACAUUGUGCAUAUAGAAAUCAAGAAACCACAGAGCGCUCAGCCCUUUGCGUUUCUCCAGUUUUCAAACAUUGACAGCGUUGUCAAAGCUAGGAAGAAGCUGGACGGCGAAUAUGUUGGAAAGAACAAAGUCAAGCUUGGCUUCGGUAAGAGCAUGGCGACCAACUGCGUGUGGCUAGACAGUCUAGCGCCCUCUACCAACGAGACCACGCUAGGACGCUUCUUCAACCUCCGCUACGGCCAGGUCUCGCGGGUGGUCGUGGACAAGCGGGCCGGGAUGGCGCUGGUUUUCUUCUACAACAUUGAGCAUGCUCAGAAGGCUGUCCAGGAGAUGAAGAAUGGGAAGAUUUCAAAUCGGAGGCCAAAGGUGGACUUUGCGAGUAGGGAAUGUCAGAACCACUUCUAUGACCGGAUGGAGCGUACGGGCCAAGCCGUCUACUACCAGAGGAGCAGGUCUCCCUCACCGUCAGGUGGAGCAGACAGGACCCCGACUGCCUUCCGCGAUGGCCAAGUGUCCGGGCCAGCGUCUGGUACCGGUUCCGGCACUGGGGCCACCACUCCUAGCAGGGAGUUCCGCAACUUUAGCCCCUUUGAGAGCCGACGGGAACGACGCAGCCAGAGUGCAUUCAGCUCGGCCUCAAGGACCGGUGGCAACGGCAACGGCAACAACUUCAACUUCUCAGGUAGUGGGGAUGAUGCCUUCCCGCCAGGCCAGACAGGGUCCCUGGAGUUCUUCCGCUCAGGUAGCGGAGGCGAGUCCAGCUCACGGCACCUGGAGGACGAUUUUGUCGGCUCGCGGAGCAGCGGCGGGAGCUUUGAGAUGGAAGAUUCGUAUGCCAAAGAGUUGAGGGAGUAUGGUUUCCACCAGCGAGAGAGGAGAGAACAGCAGUACAAAGACAGGAGUAGAAGUCUCAGUCCCCGGGAUAGAUACGAUCGAAGGAGACGGAGUGCAAGUCUCGAUUCUCAAGACGAGGACAGUCCUUACAGCGCCAGAAGUGUAAGCCCUCCAGUCAGCAGGAAAAGAACACCACGCAGUACCAUCAACGUCCAAAACAAGGAAGGAUCUUUCACACCGGUCAUGCGAAGCCCAAACUCAGAAGAUGGCUACAGGGAUGAAAAACCUUGGAAAACAAAAUUUGUUGACAGUGAAGAGAGGAGUUCCUCCUCUGAAAGGACAGAAUCGCACCGGAAAUCCAAAUUAAAAUCAAGGAAAGCUGACAUUGUGAGAGAUUCCGAUGACUUGGUGGUGAAACGUGAGAAAUUAGACUCUGAUAGGAAGGUAGAAAGGACUACUGAAAAGUUACGCAGGUCGGAGAAGGCGAAAGAAAAGGUGGAGAAAAGGAACACGGCAGAGGAUUGUGAUUUGAAGGAGAAGAAAAAGUGCAAGGAAGUGAAAGAUAGGACAGGAGGAGAUGUCAAAGUUGAUGUGAAAUCCAAAGAGCCAUCAGGAGAAAUCAACAGAACUUUGAGCAACAAGACUGUUAACAAUGAGCCUAGUGAGCAGGCAAGGAAACGCAGAAAGCUUGACACGGAACAGUUGCAAUCUGUUGUUAUUUCAAAUGAUGAGGUGGAAAUGCAACGGAAACUUGAGGCACGGAAACAGAGAUUUAGUGAUAACAGUCCUAUCAUUGACAUGACAAAGCUACGGAAGGACAAAGCAUUUUCUGAAAAAUUGCCAUCUAUUGUUUCCAAAGUUCCGAGAAUGAAGCUUAGCCCGGACGAGAACACCUCGAGCCAUAAAGAAAACAUUCCAAAGGUUGAUGCUGCGAUGUCCAUUGGUUCGGACAUUAGGACAGUGAUUGAUACAAGUAGACCAGUCAAAGACCGACUGGGCUUGAAAUAUGAUAUGCCACAAAGUGAAAGAACGUUUAACCUUGAAGCUGGUAGUACCGACAGCAAUAGCUUUUGGGAUGACAAGGAGAAAGAAAGUGAGUCAGAUGAUGAACUCUUGAAUACUCGAAUAGUCAAAACAGAUGAUGUGCCCAGAGUGAAAUUAGAGGGCUCUGAUGAAACCGGAAAGAAAACACUCUCUGAAAAACCAAAGAAAUCUCAUCGAGAUAGAACUGAGAAACUGAUUGCGAAUCGCCACCCUUCACAUUCCACACCCCGAAAUCGAUCGCAGGAGGUUCGCAUUCCGCACUUGACAGAUGCCGACGAAGGCAUUGCUAGUUCAAGUGAUCAAGAAACAGUCCCAUCAGAUGAGGAACUAGCACUUGCCCUUGCAAGGAACUCUCAAGCGCCCCCAGUGGCAACCAGUGAAUCAGAGACUCCACCCUUGACUGGCACUUCUUUAUCAACACCGCCUGUUGAUACUUUUGAAAAACCGCAGAUAGAUGCCAGUUUAAGUUAUCGGAAGCAAAUGGAGGCUGCUAGAAAGUCCUUCGAGCAGCAAAAACAACAGCAGGAGCAUCCAAGUACUCAGGAUUCAUUACCUUCAACAUCAUCUCAUACUCCUCCAACUCCUACCAUGUCAACGUUACCUACCUUGUUGCAUACAGCAACUAGUGCAAACACCAGCAGAGACUCUUUCAGUUCAUCUAUUAUUGAACAGGUUGAGGAGAAUGAAAAGAUAGGUGAGGCAAAGAUGGCACUGCAUGAUUCAGAGACAGCCAAACCAAAACCUAAACUUGAACAGUCCUCUGAAAAUGUGGAAAUUGAGUGGAAGCUGAUACGGCUAACACCUGUUGAGUUUCCAAGUAUUCGCAGGAAACAGCUUGAUGCCAUGUUCCCUUCGUUAGGCAUGGAUAACCUUGAAAAGCGGAUGUACAGAUCUAGACAUAGAAGUAGUGAAGAUGACUUGAAGACGAUUACUGUAGGAACUGUCAAAGAAAAGCCUGAUGUGAGGAUUGAUUCUGUUGACAAAAUUCCAGAAGUAUCAACCCAAGACCAGACAGAGGAAAAGGAGAAAGAGAAAGAUAUUUCAGGUGGUGAGGAGAUGACUGAACUUGACAAGCGGUUAUCACUAGGAGCAUUCGCUCAGUUGGAUGUGACCACAUCAAAUCCGGUCCAAAAUCAAAACGAUGUGGAAUCACUUCCAAUGCUUUCACCAAGACCGCCUCAUCAAAAUAUAUCUGUGACUGUCAGUGAGAACCUAUCCCCUACUGCUUCUGCACCAUUACUAAGUCCAGCUGUGACACCGGUUAAAGCAGAUAAACCACUCUUGUUUCCAUCAGAUGGUUUCCCAUUUUCUUUGCCAAGAAAGGAUUCAGCAAUCAUCAAGGAUCUUGCUUUUGGAAAAGAGGUGGUGCCAUUAAGCCGAGAAAUAACCUUUACAAGCAAAGACUUGCCACUUCAUAAAGAAUCCCCCUAUGCCAAAGACUUCUCGAGAGACCCCAUUUUCGGGAAAGAUGGAAUCAUUGAAUCUGCACUUAGUGCAUCAGCAAAGCUGAGCAUAAGCGCGGUCACACCCAGGAUACCAGAGAGUACUGAAAUGAGAACUAAACUGCCUCCUGAAUUGAAAGAUCAUUUCUCCUCUCCAGAGCGGGCUCUGGAGGAACGUCUCCGGACGGUAGAUGCCAUGAUGAAACAAGAGGAGGAGAGGCAGAGGACUCAAAAAGCCAAGUCACUGGCUACAUUAGAGAGGUUAAAGAAAGAUGAAGAAGUUGGCGAAAUAGCCAAAGAUGGAGUAAAAACUGACCUCUUAUUGAAAGACAAGUUGAACAAUUUAACAAGUAUCACCUGUACUCCUCCUGCUACACCUACAACACCUGGAACACCUGGAGCACCUGCUGAUCCAAAGGCAGAAAUAUUUGGUAAUAAAGCAAGGUUGGGAUCUCUGUAUAGGUUAAAGAAAAAGCCCCGAAGUUCAGAAUCAGAUAGCGUUCCUGUGACCUUCCUUCAAGAUGGUCAGAAGAAGGAAGAGUUUGAGGAUCCUCUGGAUGUUUUACGUUCCCGUGUUAGGCGAAGCAGUAUCUUUGAUCAGGACUUAGCUCGGCUUGAGAAUAGCUCCCAUCCGGAGCAAGAGAAGAAGCAGGGUGUACCACUUAUUCGACCGGGCAAAGAUCACAAUCGCCUUUCACUUCUUCAUCAGAACAGCAACAGACCAAAUGCAGGAUGCCAAUCUGGUUCCAGCUAUAAAUUAGGUCCAUGUAGGGGGACAUCGGCCGCAAGAGAUCCAAGAGAUCCUAGAGAUCCUAGAGAACUCAAGGAUUCAAAAGCUGAAAUGCUCACCUCGCCAAUCAGAGAUGAUUCAUCAAAGACAAAUGCCUUAACUGGAGAACAGAAAUUAAGUCCUGAGCAGAAACUGAAGGAACCUUCACCUCUGAAAUCUAUAUUAAAGAAGGAAUCCAAUCUCCUGCCUGAGCCAUCAUCUGUCCAUGUGGGUGCAGAAGAUAACAGUCCAACUAAAGACCUAAAGCCAGAGUCUGAUGCAAGUAUGAAGGCCUCUCCUCCAAAGGCUGCAGCUCUGAAACGGAAAAGAUCUCCCAGCCCUCCUAUCCUAGAGAAGGCUCAAGAAGCAAAAGUGGAUUCAGAUGGGAAAUCAGAGUCAAAGAUAUCAGCUGGCACAUCAGGUCCAAAGAAACCAGUUCCAGAGACUCCGCCACCACCUCCACAGAAAGAGUACCCAACAAAUAUGCUCUUAAUGACACCAAGGUAUGGGAAGAAGGAUCCUAAAGUUGGGCCAAAGGUUAAAGCUGUGAAGGAUAAAGUUAGUCGGGAGGAAAAGAGGCCUCUUUCCAAAGUAGGUAGCAAGGACAAGAUGUUGGAAGAGGAUAAGAAAUCACUCCAGAAAGCACCCAGCAAAGAUAAGAUCAUAGAAGUGAAAAAUAAAGAGAAGGACCAGAAGGAUAUGGUCAAGAUUGAGGGCAAGGAAAUUGCCAGAAAAUCAAGUGAUGGUGCCUUGACAUCAAAGACAUCAGUGGAGAAAGGAAUCGUCAAAUCAAACAAUGAUGUGAAGAAACAUGAUUCAAAGAAAGUAUUAAAGAAGGAUGGCAACUCCACUGAGAAAACCCAGUCCACUGAUCUCAAAACUGAUGUAAAUAAAGAGGAAGAAAAAGUUUCCAAAGUAACUAAGAGCAAGGAUGCCUCGGCCAUUGAUAAAACAAAGGAGAAGAACAAAGACGACAGCAAGAAAGAGGAUGUAGCCAUGAAGAGAAAAGGAAAGGAGAUGGUGAAUGAUAAGACUAAAGUAAAAGACCAAGAGAAGGAGAGGAAAGAUAAGGAAAAAGUCAUCAAGUCUGAGAAAAGUGAAUUCAGGGACAAAGCCGUCAAAAUUGAAAAAAAUGCUGAUGAAGAGAAACUCAGUGAAAAAGAAGAACCGACUGAGAAGGGUACUCCUAAAAAGAAAGAUGUAAAAGGCAAGGAAGUUAAAUCUAAACCGAAAUCAAAGGAUAAGAUCAAGCUUGAGAAGAAGGAAAGGGAUUACGACUUGGAGAAGAUAGACAGAACGAAGGACCAGGAAAUGGAAGAGAAAGAAGAAAAGGAGAGGAGAGACAAGGAGAAAAUGAAAGAGGAUAGAGAGAAGCCCAAAGAAGAGAAGAAAACUAAAGCUCCUGUGCCAGUCAAAAGUGAAAAACCAAGUGGUGGAAAGAAGGCAAAGCCUCAACCGACCCCGUCCAGAGGUGGGGUAGCGGCUCUAAUGGAUGCCUUCUCGGAUACAGACAACAGUUCUGAGUCCGAUGAUGAACUAGAGUUUGAACAAUUUAUCAAUCGCCAGACAAAGAGGAAGGAUUCUGUCAAAUCUAAGACAAAGAAAACUCAGGAGGUAGAGAAAAGGAAAUGGAUAUAUGAUUCAUCCGAUUCUGAUGAGGAAUCGUCAGGGUUUGAUGCGGAGGAAAGCCCAAAGAAAUCUUCUCGGGAAGAACUUUCCAGUAAGGGUAAACAGAAGGCUCUGCAGAAAUCAAAGAAAAUGAAGGAGAAAUUAGGGAAAAAGGGAAAGAUCAAAGUGAAAGAAGAGUUUACCGACUCUGAAGGUGAUUCCAAAAUGAGUUCCUCCGAUGUGGAAGAGAGGUAUGAAGAACCAAAGCUCCUUUCUAAACCAACUCUUAAGAAGAGGGAUGACAAAUCAAAGCACAAGGAAGUCUACAUCAAAAAGGAGAAAGAGGAUGUGAAAGAUGUUGGUAAAGGUGGGCCCAGGAAGAAUAAAGACUUGAAGAGGCAGGAUAGAGUUGAACCUGAAAUAGAAAUCAAACAAGAGCCAAAGAGUGAAACAGAAGCUGAAGUAACACCCAAAAAGAAAGAUGCUGGCAAGACAAAGAAGCAGAGGAGAGAAGAGGAGAAGGAGAGGCAACGUGCAAAGAGGGAAGAGGAGGAAAGAUUGAGAGCUGAAAAAGAGGAAGAGGAAAGGCGGCAGGCAGAGGAGGAAGAGAGACUGCGGCUGGAGGCAGAGGAAAAGAAGAGAGAAGAGGAAGAAAAACGGCGAAAGGAAGAAGAAAAACUUCGGAAAGAGGAGGAAAGGCAGCGCAAAGAGGAAGAAAGGCAACGCAAAGAGGAGGAACGCAAGAGAAAAGAGGAGGAAAAAGAAAGGAGACGGAAAGAGGAGGAAAGACAGCGGAAAGAAGAAGAACGCCAACGAAAGGAGGAAGAGAAGAGGAGGAAGGAAGAAGAAAGAAGGAGAAAGGAAGAGGAGAGGAAGCAAAAGGAGGAAGAGAGGAGACAACGGGAGGAGGAAAAGAGACGAGAGGAGGAAGAAAGGAAACAAAGAGAAGAGGAACAGCGGAGAGCAGAAGAGGAGGAAAGGUUGAGGAUACUUAAGGAAGAGGAGGAAGAAAGACAGAGACUAGCAGAAGAAAAAGCCAGGAAAGAACAAGAGGAACGGGAGAGAGUUGAAAAGGAAGAAGCUGAAAAACAGCGCAAGGAAGAAGAAGCAGCUGCAGCAGCCGUCAAAGCUCAGGAAGAACUCCAGAAAUCUGUUGAAGAACCCAGGAAGAAAGACAAACCUAAAAAGAAUAAAAAAGACAAGCAUAAAUCAAAGAAGGAAAAGCGGAAAAACAAAGAACAUCAUUCUGAUGUUAUUGUUGAAAGUGUAGUACCUGGACAAGAAACCAAGAAAGAGGAAACUGUUGUUCUUGAUACUGUGAUGCCACAGACCGAAGGCCCUCUUGUGCCCAUUUCAGACGAUGAGGUUCCUAUAGGUUUUGCUACAGAGGUCUCAGCAUGUACUUCUGCUCCAGGAAAUGGCCUUCAGUACCCUGAAAAUAGCAAACUUGAUAUGUUGAACUCCUGUGGUGAAAAUGCAGUACUAUUUCAGCCUGCUGAAAAUGUAGCAACAUCAGUUCCUGAUGACGAGGAUGAUGGGGAAGGCAAACUCAUCAUAGAAGAAGAAAAGAAGGAUGGAAUCCAAUCUGGCAAGAAAAGUGAACAUCACCAUAAGAAAAAACAUAAAGAGAAGAAGCAUAAGAACAAGAACAAAGACAUGGAUCCAGAAAAGCAGAGGGAAAGAGCAUUGAGAAAAGCUGAAAAGAAAGCAAAGAAACAAAAGAAAAAGGAAAAGAAGGAGAAAGACAGAGAUAAGAAAGAGAAAAAGAAAAAGCAUAAAGAUCAGGAGAGGCCGCCAUUCAAAAGAGAAUGCACUCUUGAAAUUGAAACAGAAUUUGUUAUUGAUUAUGGUGAGGUUCAGAAAGUUAAUGAUGGACCAUAUCCUGUUAAUCCAGUCAUGCUUGAAGAUAUUACCAAUGAUGCUCCUGGUCAACUUCCUGGUGGUGGUCUUAUUCACAGAGAUGGUCAGUUGCAUGAUGGUGACCUACAAAGGAAUCUCCAAGCUACUACCACCUUGAUUGCAAAAUCUCCUGAGCCUCUUCAAAUAGCAGAAGCAGCUGUUGCUAACUCAAACAGAGAGAUCAGCCUAACGUCCGUCCAGCAGUCCAAGCCAGUCAGUGCGGCUCUGACCAAGGAGUCAUCUAUGUUUGGAGAUUCCUUUGAAGAUGAGAAUCCAAUCGUUGCACAAGCCUUGACUGCUCUUGAGAAAGCAGACAAUGACACAUCACAGAAUUCAGAAAAUAUCGGGAGCAGAUAUCCUCCAGAUUUUCCAGGUGCCCAUAAGCCUUACUCUAUUGCUGACCUUGCUAGCAGUCCUCUUUUCAGGAAGGAAAAGAAGGAACGAAGUCGAAGAACCCACAGAAAUAGAGAAUCUAAAUCUUUGCCUGCAGCAGGUCAGAAUGAGGCAAUCAACCAAGGUAAGGUGGAGGUGGCAGCUUCACAAGCUACUGGCAGAGUGGAGGGUUCUGCUGAAGAGCAAUUACCUAUCAAGUCAGAGGUAGAGCAGUCUGUUGAAGCCCUCAUCACCGCUGAAAGUGCAUUCGAUGCUGAUAAACAGACAAGUCGUGAUGUGCAUACUAAUCCUGCCCUUGGUGUGAAUCGCCCUGCAGAGGAACCAAGUUUGCAAGAAAAGACAGAAACGGAAGAGGCAGUGGCUAACCUUAUCUUUAAUGAAGACGAAACAGAAACAUCAUCCUUGGAAAUACCAGUCCAAAUUCCUGUGCAGCCAUCUGCUCCCAUGGAGUCAGGUCAACCUACGAUUCCUUCUCAACCACUAGCUCCAGAUGCUGGUGAGGCAUACAGGGAACAACAUGCCCAUGAAGGUGCUAUCAUGGCAAAGAUCGCUUCUCCAGACAAAAAGAAUGAAACUGGAGCAAAGGAUCCCAACAAAGAAUCUCGUUUCUUCUCCCCACGUGCCAAGGAGACCACUGUCCCACCAAGGACGAGAUCAGGAUCAUUGUCAAAAUCUGGCCCGGCAGAUCUAAGCGUGUUUGAUUUCCAAGAUGAUGAAAAGCAUGAUGAGGCAGGAAGAGAGAAAAUGAAGAUGAGCGGUGAGAUGGAAGCACAGCCUGAGGUAGGAGUGAGUCAAGACCCUGUAAAGCCUCCUCAACAGACAGCCCCUGCAGCACCGACGGCCCCUGAGCAGACCUGUAUGAUGCCAGCAAGACCUCAUCAAGUCCUGGAUCACAUAGAUCCAAGCUCCAUGUAUCCCGCCAACCUGCAUGAUCACAAGGCAAAUUCUGAUGUGUAUGAAUUCCCACUUAGCCCAGGGUCAAAUGAUUUGAAACAACCAAUCAACAAACCGCCAGUGACACGAGCACGUGGGAGAAGUAGGGGUACCAGAGGUGGUGGAAGAGGAAGAAGUAGAACUAACUCAAGGGGAGGAACAAUGAAAAUCAGGGAUGAACUUGCAGCUCUAGAACUCCAGCAGCAACAAAGAAUGGCACAAGCACAUGCUGAAGCCCAGGUUCUACAUGCUCAAGCUGCAGCUCAGGCCAUGCAAGCUCAACAGGGCCAAGGUGUUCAUACAGACGUAUCUCAGAACGAAACGGUGUCUGCCCUUCUGGAACUUGGAAAGCCAGUGAUGACAUCGGCUCCAGCUGUUCCGCAGAUUAGCCCCGUUGCCAUGCUGCAGUCUCCUGAUGGUCAGAAAGUGCCACAACCUGAUCCUUGGCUAACACAGCAGAUGAAUUUACAACAGUCGAAUGCAGCCCCAGGAUCUAUUUCAACUCAAGGACCUCAGACUAGUACUGCUCCUUCAAGUAGUAGUAUAGUAGGUGCACCAGAUAGGCCUCCACAAUUGAGUACUGCUCCUUCAGCAAAUAUUAACUAUACACCCAUUUCUCAUGUCCAACUUCCAACUGCUUCGAACAGUAUGACUUCAUCCACCCAGAUGGCAGUAUCACAGGCUCAUAAUAUUCCAGGAAAGAUGCCUACUGGACAGUUACCACCUCAAAGCUUGCCUUCUUCAGUUUCGAGUUGUAUGGUGCAGAAUCCUUCUGUUAGCAUGCCGACAGUUGUUGCUGCACUGACAACACCACCUACAUCUCAUAUGGCUAUCCAAGAUCUUAAUGGUGCCCAGAAGAAGCAGAGACCAUCGCGUUCAAGAAAGUCCCGUAGGGAUUCUGGUUCGGAGCAAGGAAACUGGAUGCCAGGAGGUCACAUGCAGCAGCAACUGGUUGCAGGUCAGCAUUUCAACAUGCAACAAGUCGCACAACUCCACGGGCCUCAAAAGAGUCAAGCUGCGGCAGCUGUAGAACAACACUUCAAUGCGGCACUGGCCAGACUGCCACCAAAUGGCAGUCAGCAGAAUAGGCUGCCAGGACAUCAACAAUCUCAUGAACAGAUCCAGUUACCCCACCACAUCCAUCCUCCUAACAGCACUGCAGAAGCCUUGGCAAAUGCAAACCAGCAUGCAGUGACUCAGUUGAAACCAGGUCAAAUGGGACAAUCUGCAGCUAUGGAGGCACCAACAAUAGUCAAGCACCUUGUUUCUAAUGGCCCCGUAACUGGAGCAAACACCACCACAUCUUCAUCAGUACUUCAUACAACAACCAUGGCAAACUUGCCUCAGGCAUCUUCUGCUGGAAUCAUGCAUGCUGGCCAUCCAGGAUUCCCAAGUGGGUUGCUUACACAAUCACCAGUCAGUCAACCUUCAACUCUUUCACCAACUCUACAGUACUCACGUCCACCAAGUGCCACAUCAGCAGGGCUCACUGCCAGUAUUGCAUCAUCGCAGGGUAGUAAUAUUCAACAGGUACGUGGAGGUCAAGCUGGGAACCUCCGGGUGCCAGUGUCAGUGGCAGCCCCAACCCUUCCAAAUGCCAGUGUCCUAAGAGCUGCCUUGACUGAUCACAAGCCCAAUGCGAAGAAGGAAAAUGAUGGUGCUGUGAAAGCUGGUGGACAAGGACGGCCACCGUCUGAGAGUAAAGGAAUGCAUCCCAACCUUCCCCAGCAGCCAGGAGGCAUUGACCCAAGUCAGCAUCCGCACAUUGAACUGCGGUGCACAAGAACUCAGAUGCACAAGAAAGCUGAAGAUGCAGAGAAGAUGGCAGCUAGUGAACAGAGAGGACAGAAAAAUCUACCCCUUGAACAACGUUUGCCACCAAUGAUUAGGGGGACAGAGUCUGGACCAAUGACAUAUCUCUCAUCCGGUGCUCAUCUUCAACAAGGAGCAGCAGUCAUGAGGCAGCAGCAGAUGAGACAUCCUGUGCCUGGAAUGACAUACAACAAAGACAUGUUUCCAGGGAUGCACGCGGCGGUGGUCGAUCCCAUGUCGGAAACCCGUAAUCUCAGUCAACCUAUGCCUGGUAUCGUCCCUGUACCUGGAAUGGAUAUGAGCAAAUCUGGAAUUCCUGGGACCAUGUUUCCACCUGGAACGUUCCGAGUACCUCAGCCUGGUUUUCCCAGGAUGAUCUACCAGCAAGGCAUGACUGAAGCAUCAUCUGGAGGAUCACCACGUCUACCAACACCAAGUGCCUCGUCCCCUGGGGUAUCGCCCAGAGUCAAAUCACCGGCGAUGGCUCAUGCUGAUCGUCCACAGCCCAUACCAACUCCAGAACGUCGGGACCAACUCACACCAGACCAUGUCCAGAUAAUGCCAGGCAUCACAUCAGGUGUUCCACCAAGAGCUCCUGGAAUCUCUUCGGGUAUUCCUCCUGGAAGGAUGGACAUUGCAAUGCGAACCAUGACCCACCGUGGCAUGCCUCAGAUGGUCGUAAGGCCACCUGGCUACGGUGUUGAACCCCGCUCUCAGGGUGGGAAGCCAGAAGAUGGCCAGAAGAUGGAUCAGCAAUCCAUGAUCCUUGGAAUCCCUGCGGAUCCUCUACACCUUCAAGAUCCACACCUGGCCUCUCCUCGUCCCAUUGGUGGUCCAGAGAAGACGUCAACUCCUGGGCUGGAACACUACCGUCAAACCCAUCCUGGAGCCGGGCGCAAGGAAGAGUUGCUAAUGAGACCAGCGGGUCAGGAGUUCCGACCUAAUGUGAUGAUGAGAGAAGCGAUGCCUCACAUGGCCUGGCCGGGUCAAGGUCCCCCUGGUAUGCCGAUGCACCCUGGUACUAUGCAGCCUAUGCAGCUAUCAGCUCACAUGCCGAUCAAGGGUACAGACUCGCUCAUGGGACUACUCAUGCGUUAUCCUGUGAUGUGGCAGGGUGUCCUUGCCUUGAAGAACGAGGCUGCAGCCAUCCAGAUGCACUAUGUCUCCGGUAGUCAAUCGGUUGCCCAAGAUUCUCUCAUCAUGGCCACACCACCUCUGCGUGUCGCCCAGCGUAUGAGGCUGGAACCAUCGCAGCUUGACGGGGUUGGCAGCAGGAUGCAGGUUGAAGAGGAGUCUGUGGUUCUAUUGGCACUGCCUUGCGGUCAUGACCAAACCGACGUCAUAGCUCAGACCAACACGCUACGUGUCUCCUUCAUUGAGUACCUACUUAGCAAGCAAGCUGCUGGGAUCAUCAAUGUCGCACCUCAUGGAUCGCAAAAGGCGGCUUUCGUCUUACACAUCUUCCCUCCAUGUGAGUUCACGGAGGCACAUCUGUCACGCCUCUCUCCCGACCUCCUCGAGAGUGUGCAGGAGAUCGCUCAUCUGAUGAUCGUCAUAGCAACCGCAUCGUGAGCAACCUUCAGUUGAUGAAGCAACGUGAUGGUGAUGCUUUCAGUGAAGUCUCGUGCCAGAAAGACCAGCUAUCGUGACCAGAGACGCAAACUACCUUUCCGAUUGUCAUCAUCGAGUCACCUCAGAUAUUUUUCGCAGUAUCGUGUCUCGUCGUUACCAUGGUGACCGCAUCGUGAAGCAGGUUGAUUCAUCUCCUUCGAUCGCCUUCCUAUGCUCAGGAGCGACCGUACACUCAGUCAGACACUCAUGAAUAUUCUAUGACUCUGUUAACACCUAUGAGACAGGUCAAACCAUGUGCUCGAUCCUAAACCCUAAAGUCAUCUUCCGGAUCACCUAAGUCAAGUACCGGUAUAGAUCCAAAAAUCAGUCUCAAUGAAAUUAAUGGCAGUUUUUUUAUUGAUUUGUGGCUUGCCUCUUGCUACAGAAAUCAAUUCAAAUCUCUAAUGUUAAAGGUGAUCUAUCAAUCACAAAUUUGGAAUCAAUAUUUACGAUUGAUUGCUACUAAGUUUUUCGCACCACCUUCUAAUAGUAGUAAAUUUUAAUAUUGACGCCACCAUGAAUGGUCGUUCUUAAGUAAUCAUGUUAAUGACCUUCAUGAAAUAUAAGCAACUUUCAAGACAGUAAAAUAUUAGUACAUAAAAAUUGAAUCUCCUUCCCCCCCCCCAAAAAAAAAAAAUUCUUGAAGGGGAAGGGGUGCAUUUCAUGAAACUUGUCAGCACUGACAAUUUAAAAUUCUUGAUUGCCGGGAAGUAAUUGGUAACUAGUAGUGCUGACACGCUUCAUGAAAAUGGUUCCCCCUUUUUGAAAACCAAUCUUUUUCCAUGCUUUUUAGUCAUUUCUCUGGGCCAUUGAUGUAAAAAAAAAAAAAAAAACAUAGUUGAGGAUUAUGAUAUACCGAUGACUGUUUGCCUCUGAUUUCAGAAGUACCUGAUUUGACCAUCUCAAAUGAUAUUGUGUUCCUCUCCAUUCUGAUGGUGAAACGCUCUGAGUUAUUACAGCACAGAAUUGCCUGAUCUGACUAAGUAAUUCUGGUCCAUAGAGGGCGCUUUUGAAAUCUUCCCUCAAAAGACUGAUCACCUCAUUGUAUUGCUUGAUAUAUGGAGGAGGAUGCUUAAAAUGGUUGGAUAAGAGAAAUUUACUUAAAAAAACCAGAGUGGAGGAUAUGUUCGCCAUCACGCGAGUAGAUCACGCUCCGAGCUCUAACUGGUUGAAGAUUUUUCCAGAAAUGCAAGUCUUUUCUGGAUUGAUUAUAAUUUAUUGAUAUAUCGAGGGGGAAAAAAAGAUCCGUCCAGUGUUCUUUGCUGUCAUUGUAAUCCUGUUUUUGACAGCUUUUUAUUGGUAACAAGAUAUUAACGGGCUAUUGUCAUAGUUAUUCAUUCGUGGUUCGGUUCAAAUUCUAUUUUUAUUUUUUUUUAGAUAUGUAGACCCAAGGUGAAUUCACAUUUGUUUUGUCUGUUAUAUUUUAAAAUGACCUUUUAAUUUGUUUUUUCCAUUCUUGUUUUGUUUUGCUCAUCCUUGUUCCUGCCUUGCUGUGCACUAGCAGUUCACUUGCUUUUGUGGUUAUCAUUUCCAAAAUACAAAAGUUAUCGAAUUUCACUGCAUCAUUUUUAAAACCAGCAAGUUACCAUUUUACUUUGGCAAUUAAAACAUCUAUUAGACAUGAAAAAAAUGACUCACGCCUGUGAUAUUAAUUCUUCAUCUAGACCUUUAAAAUAUGAUUUCAAAGCUAUAUAUGUUCAAUGGUUAGAUAAAACUCGGAAAUGAUUUUAUGUUCCUUUUUUUCAUAGGUUGGUUGUUGAAGAAUUCAUGUAGGUAGGAAAGUGUGUAGAGGUUUUUAAUUUUUCUUAGACGACCAAAAUGUUGGAGAAUUUUGCAAUCAAGUCACGGUCUAAUCUUGUAAUAAUUAGCCUCUUCUCAGGGGUUAAUGGUUAUUUUUUAGUGAAGAGAGAAAUAUUUCUCUUGAUGAUGUUGAUCUGAUAAAUGUGUGUGAAAUCAUAGACUACCUAUUUCUCAAUUUUUUUUAAAAACCGAAAUGAAAAUUUUUAAGAAAAUUGUUCAGUAUGGAAUGUAAGAAUGGAUUCAAGGAUAACUUGGAGCCAUUUAUCCCUUAUUUAUUUUCUCUUUGUACUUUUUUUUUUUUUUCAACUGAGCAAUUCAUGGUGAACGAAAUGAAAUUAAUGUUUGAAGUGAAUCAACAAGGGUUACAGUUUGGACUAAAUUCCUGAAUUGAUUCCGGUAACUAUUAUUGAAGUUGAUUUGCACAAAUAAUUCUCCUCAGUACAAUAUUGCAAGCCAUUCUGAGAUUGGAUUAUUGACAUCUUUUGAAAUUUUGUUAAAGAGUUUUUUUUUGCCUAAUUUAUUAAACAAAAUUAUAGCAUCCA